AUGAACCCCGGCGUCGGCGGUCCGGUUGGCGGUGUCCCAAUGAUCAACAACGGUUCGAUGGCACCCCGUAAUGAUGGCAAUAUGAAUAAUCUCCCCGAGGUGAUGGUCAACAACCUUAACACGUAUAUCUACGACUACUUUUUGAAACGUGGCUACCACGACUGCGCAAGAGCACUUGUGAAAGAUGAGUCGAUCAAACUCAAUACCGAGCCCCCUAUUAAGACGAGCCCGGGUCAACGCCGGGAGGGUGAGGUGAAUGGCGUUGAUGGUGACGCGAUGAUGACAGACGGUAAAGAUGGCGACAAACUGAAGAUCCCUGACGACUUGCCUCGCCCCAAUCUUUCUAGUGAAGGCCAGCAGUCCUUCCUAUUGGACUGGUUCAGCCUGUUCUGGGAGUUCUUCUGGUCUCAAAGAAAGAAGGGAAACAGUGCUGAUGUGAGACAGUAUCUCCAACAUACUCAGAAUUUGAUGCGCAUUAGAGAACAACAGCAAAAUCAAAUGUUUCGGAACCAGCAGCAAAUGAUGCCAGGUCAGAUGGGGCGGCUGAACAACAUGCGUGGAAACGGGAUGAUUCCAGCCAACUUACAAAAAACUGCCCUACAGAACAAUACCGCCCUACCAGCUGGGCAAUCGGAUGCUGAUCCAUUCUAUAGUUCGCAGCAGCAGUUCGCGCAACUUCAAAAGAACCAGCAGAUGCAGAUGAUGCAGAUGCAACGUGAACAUUCUGACAUUGAUAUGAACGGCCAUAGACCGCAGUCUCCGUCCUCCGCCGAAAACGCACCGUCUCCGUCGAAGCGACCGCGCCUCGAAGGUGGCGCCAUGAAUGGGCAGCAACUAGCUCCCAAUGGAAGAGGACAGGGACAGGCCAUGCCAGGCCAACCGAACCCAGCAUUGCUGAUGCAGAAUGGGCUUACGCCACGUCCAAUGAACCCGAAUCAAUUUGGUGCUUUUCAGCAAUCGGGACCGGCUGCACAGCCAAAAUCAAUCCAGGUAUAUGCUCAAAACUUGGCUCUACAUCACUCUCGCUCAGCAAUGAAUAACCAGGGCAUGCCUAAUGGUUUGAUGAACCCCGGCGUGAUGCCGAAUCAAGGCGAUCUGGUACCUAUGCCAGAUGGCCAGGGUAUGUAUCCGAUGAAUAGCGACUUCUAUGGCACGAAUGGCCAAAUGGCGCAGGUUAGGGCUGGGGUCCAAACUCCUGGUGGUCAGCAUGGUAACCAUGCACUCCAGGACUAUCAAAUGCAACUCAUGCUCCUCGAGCAGCAGAAUAAACGCCGACUCAUGAUGGCUCGUCAAGAGCAGGACAGCAUGACCCGUGGCCCCGAUGGCCAGCCACUACCUGGGCAGCAGGGCCAACAACCACCGGGCCAAAUGCCACCGGGCACUUCUCCCCAGGGCAGUAGGACAGGGGCGUCGCCAAAUCCCAACGAUCAAAUGAAGCGCAACACACCCAAAAUUGCGCAGUCCGGUCUCCCUGGCUCCCCGAACGCUCCCGACGCGAUGAUGCAGGGCCGUGGAUCUCCCGGAUCAAUGAAUUUCACCGGCCAAAUGCCUCCGGAAAUGGCACCUCAGUUCUUCAUGAAGAACAUGCAGGACGGUAUGCAGGGCCCCAAUGGCAUGCGGCCACCCAGUUCCAACCCGGCGUUCAGUGGCCCUCAAAUGGGCCAAGCGAUCCCGGCUGGCGGGCCCAACCGGAUGCCAAAUGGGGGCUGGCAACCUCAGCAAGGUGGCCAGCCCAUGGUGCCGCAGCAGUCUCCUAUCAUCCAACAACCCCCAACGACUGGAACACCUCAAAGCGUUGGUUCGAUGCCGCCGCCUCAGGCGCCUCCGGCUGGCAACACCGGCCGUCAACCUCCUCCAUCUCCACAGACUGGAGCUGCUGCACCUCCAACGCCACAACAGGGUACUAAGGCUGCACCGAAGAAAAAGGAACCCAAGGAAGCCAGAAAGCGACCAAACAAGAAGAACGCCAACGCCGCAGCAGCGGCAGCGGCAGCAGCCAACACCGCGGCUACCCCGUCCUCGGAGGCGGAACAACCCGCGACUCCUACACCCGCGACACCGAUUACACCCCAACACCAUCAGUCAUUUAACAAAUCAGGUGCAAAUGCCACUACGGGCGCUCCACAGCAGCCGACAUCCGCUCCCGCCCAACAGACCUUGGUGCAACCUCCGCCGCCUGAUCAGACUCAGCAAACAUUCGGUGAUCUUACCAUGCCUGAUCCCUCUACUUUCAGCCUUGACUUCAGUGCCCUGGAGAACCCAGACAUUCUCGAGAAUUUCGACUUCGAUACAUUCCUCAACACCGAUACCGAUACAGCAGGGUUUGGGUUUGACCCAAGUAUAACAUACCCCGACGGUGUAGAGACUGGCGCCGAGAAUGGUCUCUGA